UUCAGCUGCGGGGCUAUCCCUGGUACAUAACUAGAGUUAGGUGCCUGUUAUCUGAAUGCAUUUCUUUACAUAUUCAGCCCCUGCCACUGAGCUGCUCUGAACAGUCUGGUGGCCUGUAGGCAUUCCACAACCUGUGGCAGAUGCUUUGGGUUGUCUCUUCCACCCCAGGAGGUUUGAUGUGUCUUUAAGUACAUGGCCCUGUUGCGAAUAGUCAUUUGAUUCUGAUGCAAGAAGAAACAUCAACCUCAGCUGUUUGGUUGCCUUAACCAAGUCCCCAUCCUCUUUUCUUUGAGUCCUCCAUGCCCAGUGGGGGCAUUUCAGAUUGACAAGAGCAUUUUCCUUACAACUUUACUGGAUCGAUGCUGCCACUGAUAGUUGACACUUCUCUGCUAACCUAAAGGAUCUGGAGACAAACCUGUGUAGAGUAAUGGGCAGUGCUGACCAAGGUUUGACUGCUCUGCCGCGCAGCCGGGUCACCCUUCAAGAUCCUUUGCUGUAUUCUGGUCUCGAGAAACUGCCUGUUGCCCAAGACCCUGACAGCCAGAGUUGGAGGUCCCUUGACAGUCCUAGCCCUCCUGCCACACCCGAGCAAACCCUCCCCACCUUCUGCUUGCAGUACUUUGAUAUGCUCUACCCAGACGACAGCAACUGGGUUCCGAAGGGUCUGGGCGAAAGCCAGCAGCCCAGCAGCCAAGGCGGCAGGGCAGAAGUACCUAAAGAACCCGAGCAGUGCCCUAUCAUUGACAGUCAAGGUUUGAGCCUUACACCUGAUAUGGACUACCAAGCCAGUCUUCACUUGGAAGAACACUCCCUGGAGCAAGUGCAGAGUAUGGUGGUGGGUGAAGUGCUCAAGGACAUUGAAACAGCUUGCAAGCUUCUCAAUAUUGCUGCAGACCCAGCAGAUUGGAGUCCAGGAAAUGUCCAGAAGUGGAUCUUGUGGACAGAACACCAAUACAGGCUCCCCCAGAUUGGGAAAUCAUUCCAGGAUCUCGGUGGGAAGGACCUGUGUGCCAUGUCUGAGGAGCAGUUCCGUCAGCGAUCCCCAGCAUGUGGGGAUGUCUUGCAUGCUCAUCUGGACAUCUGGAAGUCAGCUGCCUGGAUGAAGGAGAAAGCUGCCCCUGGAGAGAUGCAUUACUGUGGAAGUGAAGAGAACUGGACAGACAGUGAGGUGGACUCAUCCUGCUCUGGCCAACCCAUUCACCUAUGGCAAUUUCUGAAAGAGCUUCUUCUGAAACCCCAUAACUAUGGACGUUUCAUUCGCUGGCUUAAUAAGGAAAAAGGUAUAUUCAAGAUCGAAGAUUCCGCCCAGGUGGCUCGUUUAUGGGGAAUCCGGAAGAACCGGCCUGCUAUGAACUAUGACAAGCUGAGUCGCUCCAUCCGGCAAUAUUAUAAGAAGGGGAUCAUCAGGAAACCAGACAUCUCCCAACGCCUGGUCUACCAGUUUGUACACCCUGUCUGAAGAACAAAUUCAGAAACACGGACUACAUUAUGAGCUGGAGGACUUCUGGAAGCAUGGUACCCCUUAACCUCUGCAACAUAACAAUUUUAAAAUGCAGAUGAAGUCAGGGGUUGGACAAGGGGCAGGAGCCCAUUGGAUUUGUCUGCUGAACUUCCAAAUAAUCAUGAGACCCCUGUUUGUUACUUGAGAACAGGGAAACAAAUAAACUAUUAUUGUCAAAGUAAAACAGCAAAGAGAAGUAAUUGCUGUGAAAUGUAUGAAGUAUGUAUGCUUCAUUUUGGGGUUCACAGGUUUGCAUAUAGGAAAUUUUUCCUUUCCGUACAUUUAUCUAAACAUAUUAUCUAUACAGUAUCUCUAUAUAUCCAGCUGCAUGCUUAUGGGAAGUCAAGAGGAGGAGGAAGGGUAACAGUACAGAGAGACUCGACUAACCAGCAGGUGUUGCUUCCUUUCCAUUGAAGUCAUUGGUAGAAUAUGGUAGGCAUAAAAGCAAAGGGUGGGGUUUGUUUGUUUGUUGCAACUUUGCUAAAUGCAAACUAGGGAGCAAAUCUCUCAAAGUCGCUCAUAAACGAGUCAGAUCUUGCAAUAAAUGCAUUUGGGAAGGACCUUAUAGCCUAAUAAUCAGUGCUGUAUUGUUCCAUAUUCUGUCAUGCUACAGUGCAAACUUCUAAGUUGUCUGAAUGCCCCAAUUCUGCUGUUUUUCUCUUUGACAUCUGAUGGGAGGGCGUUCCACAGGGCGGGCGCCACUACCGAGAAGGCCCUCUGCCUGGUUCCCUGCAACUUGUCUUCUCGCAAUGAGGGAACCGCCAGAAGGCCCUCGGUACUGGACCUCAGUGUCCGGGCAGAACGAUGGGGGUGGAGACGCUCCUUCAGGUAUACUGGACCGAGGCCAUUUAGGGCUUUAAAGGUCAGCACCAACACUGUGCUCGGAAACGUACUGGGAGCCAAUGUAGAUCUUUCAAGACCAGUGUUACGUGGUCUCGGCGGCCGCUCCCAGUCACCAGUCUAGCUGCCGCAUUCUGGAUUAGCUGUAGUUUCCAGGUCACUUUCAAAGGUAGCCCCAUGUAGAGCGCAUUGCAGUAGUCCAAGCGGGAGAUAACUCUACUAUUAAGAAGAGAGUAUAAUCCUAUCUCAAGGGAACCGCUCAGAAAGUCUACCCAAGUAUGGUAUUAAUGGGCCAGCCACUUUCUCAUAUAGUCAAUGCAUAAGAAUGGUGACUGUUUGGGGUAUUGUUAGGAGAAGGACAGAGUCACCCAUUCCCAGUGUGUGAAUGAGCCUGGAUUGAGAGGAAAGACAAUAGGAUCGUGUACAGUCCUUUUCUGGCAGAGCUCAUGCUGACCCAAGGUUAGAACACUGUGGCACCUGCCUGCUUACAGGGGCCAACUGGCUUAGCAUUUGGGUAAAGCUUAGCUGAGAAAAGCAGUGCUGCCACUAGGAUCUCAUGGUGCUGCUGGCAGUAAUAUAAGGCGGUGUGAUGCUGAUCCCUGGGGGAUGGCAAGCAUCCCAAGAACGGACAAAGCCGUAGGGCCUUUGCUGUUGACUUUCUGAAAAUAUGAUGCUGGCUUUUUGUUUUUGUUUUUUUUGUUGCGGUUCAGGAACUAAUGCUGGGAAUUAGAGAGCAGCUCCCAGUCUCACAGGGUGGCUUUCCAUGAAUCACUCUCUUGUCACUCAGAUGCUCUCAGUUCCCUGCCUGCAAAAUCGCCUGUGCCAAAUUAAGCCAACUGUGCGCACUUUGUAACUCUGAUGGAUGGACAGCAGCAAGGCAAAGAUGGACGUGCCAUGCACACUAUUCACCUCUCACUGCCAAGUGAGAGGUUGUGGGGGAAUAGUUGCAUGUGUGUGGUCCUUCCUCUACCCCACACUAAGAAUUCUUCUGUUUCACUUGCAGACAUCCUGGCAAAAUCACCAGACCUUGUUGAAAAAAAUCUGUCAGGGCCACCAAAGAAUAGAAGAAAGACUGAGGUUCCUCUUAAUACCACAGAACAUAUACAACAUUGGGACUUGUGUAAUAAAUGGGCACAAGGGUACCAGAAUAAAUGGGUACAAGGGUACCAGAAUGGGUUCAAGGGAAUCUGUUUACUGUACUGAAUAAUGCAUAGUAGCUUAAAUUACCUUUGUGUGUGUGUGUGUUCAGAAUAUUAGUGCAAAUUAUUAGUUUGUGUAGACAGUCUUUGAAGUCAAGUGCCUUCUCAAGGUGCAAGACCAAUUCUUUGCCAAAUGUUAUUUGAAACUGCCUGACCAAAUUGUUGCAGUUGUCACCCACCUUUCUGGAAGGGCUCCUGCGCCUUUUAAGAGCUGCACAACAGACAGCAAUUAAAAAGGUCAAGUUGCACCCUUGCUAAUUCAUCUCAGAGUUAGCCCAGUCAUUUCAUUCACAGAAUUCUCUUCACAUUGGUUUGAGACACAGCAAACCCACCUUAAUUUUCCGUGGGCUUGGGUGGAGGGGACAAGUCUUCAUUUUAGCAGUGGCCUCAUAUAGUUGCCUCAGAGUUUGAUAUUCAGGUUUUCAGAACAGGACGAGUUAAUUCAGUUCACUAUGGAGCAGAAGUCAGUAUGAGUUGGCUCUGAAGGAUGCCGAGUGACUCUCCCACAACUGUAAGUCGCUGAGCCACAAUAGUAGGUGAGUAAUGGGGCUUGUCAAAGAAUCAUUUUGGGGGAUGAGUGCAAGAGUCUGGGUUGCCCUUGUCAGUGGGGUUCUCUGCAAAUUGUUUUGAGCCUACUUUGCAAAAUCGAGGGUGCAGCUUUCCACCACUCCUAUGAUCUUUAAUGUGCAUUUUGUUCAGCCUUUGACUAAUUUGUGUUCAAAAUGAUUUUCUUUUACAUUUGUGUGUCUUGACAGCUCAUAGCUUAAAUGGAGGAUUUAGAGACAAAGGUCUUUAUGAAAUUACUAACCCAUAUAAAAAAUACAUACUUAAAAACCAAUUUCCAAUAGCUGUAAUGGCAACUGCCUUUUCUUUGCCUUUGUGGACAAAUUAAUAUUUGAUUAGCAGGUGGGAUCUUUUUAUAGAAAUCAAACAAUCAAACGUGCCCAUUUUGGGUGGUAUUCACUAUGUUUGAUUCAGAGAACUCCCACUGAAAUUAAUGGAUUGAACAUAGCCAUAUUUAUUCAUUUCAUCAGGCCUAUUGCAUAUAAGUUGAAUGCCACGCUUAAUUUCUUUAUAGUGGAGGUACAGUAUACAAUAUAGAUGUUGCUGCCGUUUGUAAAAUGGAAAUGUACAGAUUGGGAGAGUCAACCACAUCCUUGCAGUGCAUAAUGGGAGGAGAGCAAGCAAGCAUCUGGCAAAAAAAAUAGCUGCAGGCAAUUAUGAUAAAUGCUUAAAGAAGAUGGAACUGUGUCGUUAUUGUGUGGCAUAACAAAAGCACCUUCUUUCCUCACCACAUUGCAAUAAAUUAUGAUGCUUGUAGCAGAAGAGGUUGGUGGUGGUGAUUUAUUUUAGAGUGUGCAAGGGGGUUGUUGCUUCUUGAGGAUAUGCGUCUAUUCAUGUGGGCACUAUGGGUCCUAAGGACGUACAGUACCUGUUGGGAGUGUAAAUACCUAGCUGUAGCACAGUGCUGAGGAAAGACAUCACUAGGUAAUAGUUGCUUCCUGGAAGAUAAGUGCUCUAAAAAUAAAAUGUUAAACAAAACUCAGAUUGCCUAAUGUGCUCUGUCAGUUAAUGCAGCUGUGAAAUCUGCAUGUGAUAAAGGGCUCCUGUACCUUUAACAGCAGAUACAGCUUUGCCCAUCCUAUAGCACUUGAGGAACCCAACUCCACCUGCUGAAUUCCUGCUAGAGGUAUCUGUUAAAGGCACAGGAGCACUAUUUUCUGUUGCAUGUUGUCAACCCAUGUUGAGUUUCCGUUUCCUGUGUCAUAAAACCUGAACCCUCCUUAGAAUCUCUGCCAACAGCAACAAAG